AUGUCUCAAGUAAUGCUAGUCUUAGGCCCAAAUAGAGUUGGUAAAAGCAGUUUAAUUGAUGCUCUCACUUAUGGGCAAUUCCAUAGGGAAUUUUAUCCAUAAGAUAUACAUUUCUAAGUUAAAUUAGCAAAGGUAGCAUAACACAGAGUUUAUGAAGUAUAAUCAAUAGAAUGGGAUGGAAAACCUUUGGGAUUAGUUUAAUUCUACUCAAAUGUUGCUGAUUUAAUCUUGAUAGUUGUUAACAUUUGCGGCUGUUACGAUUAAAUGGACUAAGUUCAUGAUAUAUACUAGGCUUUACCAAUUACAAAUAAUAAAUAAUAAAUAGUAUUAAUCGGUAAUUUGAAUGGAUAAAAUAAAAGAAAUCAAAAGUUGUGUUAGAGCCUGAGUUAGUUUGCAAAAUUAAAUUGA